AUGGAGAACGACGGCGAGGAAGACGUAACCUCCAUCGCGAAUGUCGCGAAGGCUAGGGCAAGAGUCAUUGCGGGGAAGUUUAAGUAUCUUCAGGCCCCUCCCGACAUGGAUAUCGAACUCUACAGGGCCGAUAGAGCAAGGGAAUUGUCUCAAUUCCUGGUUCAAUAUGGCUACGACACCGUUUCUGCCGAGUGGUUCUCGUGGUCGGUAGACCUCAGAACAUGGAACCAAGUCCAAUACAAGUGUACUGCUGCACCACUCCUCGAAUAUCAAGUGUCCAGAGCUCUGCUAAUGUUUUCUGAACUAGUGGGCAAAGCCGGGGAUUUCGAAGUGUUCCCUUGGAUAGAUGUUGAACCAGUUUGCAAAACCACGACUCCCGAGGACGCCUCCACCUGGUUCAAUGUCUUGAAGGACAUCAUCAAACAACAGGACGAUCUCCCGGCGUUGGAGCGCUCGAGGUUGAAACUGCCACUGAUGAAGGGGGAGCCUCUCAUGGUACGAAACACCCCAGGCAUCACUCCCGUGGAGCAACGUCAAAAGAUCUGGGACGACAUCUUUCCCGGCAAAAAAUACCCCCACGGUCAACCCUUCGAGAUUAUCAUUCCCUCUGCCGUUAGGAUAUCCUCGGACAUCAUUUACGACGUAGUUCAACAAGAGAAGAGUCUCCCAGCUGCGGUCACCGUCGUCCAAGUCCGACGAGUCCACCGGCGUGGACACUUCGUCUGGGCGUUUAUUGUCAGCUACGCGCCUCAAGUCGCCGAUAACCGGAUGAACCGCAUUACCAUGGCCUUGGCCUACCAAGCCGUUCUAAACUGGGCCAGGACCAUCAUCGUCACCGGCAAAAGCCUAAAGCUCAGCAAAGCGUUCAAAGAGUUCGAGCUCAAGCUCGAAGAUGAAGGUGACGCAGAGGAUACUCGCAUGCGAGGCAUGGGAGACCAGAUGGACUUCACGCCUGAGCAGCUCGAUCUUUGCGCCGAGGAACUUUCCUUGAUGCCAUGGGUGUCAGUCGCCGACUAUGCUGCGUUUCGCGUGGGGGAGUGGUUGAACAAGGAGGUCUGCCGUACGCCCGCUGAAGAUCGCCACAGACUGCUCCGAGAUUGGUGCCAGCUAGAGGUGGGCGUCAUGGACCGCACCAAUUUUGAGGGUAUGACGCGAGAGGACCUGCAGAAGGCUUGUUAUGAAGCAUGGACGGCCAAGACUCAGGAAUGGAAGGAGACGUUGGAUGUCACGGCGUGGUCGUGGACCGAGGAGGUGCAGUGGGCGAAGAAGCUCAUGGAGCCCUAUGCCGUCUGA